GAAACAUUCGUUACUGCCGGAGAUCUAUUAAAAUUACAAUUUUACUUAAAAUUCUUAAUAGACUAAAAGCACAACAUGCCAGAAGAUGAAGGAGCUGAUAAGAAGAAAUCUCAUCGUGCCCGCCAAUCCGGUGUUAAGGCCGAGAAGAAGAAAUUAAAAGCCAAAAAAGAGUCAAAUCAAAAGGAGCCAACAUUGACUGCACGGCAAAGAAACCCCAAAGCCUUUGCCAUUAAUUCGGCUAUCAGUGCUGAAAGGAAUUUCCGACGCAAAGAAGAUUUAACUGCGAAGAAACAACAUAUUCCGGUGGUGGACCAGACACCAGAUGAACCACCGCCAGUGUUAAUUGCAGUUGUCGGUCCACCCAAGGUGGGUAAAACAACGUUGAUAAAUAAUUUGAUUAAAAGUUUUACCCGGACAAAUGUGAACGACAUCAAGGGUCCCAUUACCAUUGUAACGUCCAAGAAGAGGCGUAUUACCUUGCUGGAGUGCAAUAAUGACAUUAACUCCAUGAUUGAUGUGGCAAAAUGUGCCGAUUUGGUGUUGCUUAUGUGUGAUGCCAGUUAUGGUUUUGAAAUGGAAAUAUUCGAAUUCUUGAAUAUUUGCCAGGUCCAUGGUAUGCCUAAGAUUAUGGGUGUUCUUACACAUUUGGAUAUGAUUAAGAAUACCAAACAGCUGAGGAAGAGAAAGAAGGAGUUGAAACAUCGUUUCUGGACCGAGGUGUACGAUGGAGCAAAAUUGUUUUAUCUUUCCGGUUUGUUGCAUGGUGAAUAUCUCCGCAAUGAAAUCAAGAAUUUGGGACGUUUCAUAUCCGUGAUGAAAUUCCGUCCGUUAACAUGGCGUGGUGCCCAUAGUUAUUUGGUUGUGGAUCGUGUUGAGGACAUCACCAAUACAGAUGUUAUACGCCGUAAUCCUAAGUGUGACCGUGAUGUAGUGCUGUAUGGCUAUGUUCGUGGUGUGCCACUGAAGCAGGAACAUAUGGUGCAUAUUGCGGGUUUGGGUGAUGCACGCAUCGAUGAGUUGAGUGCAAUUUCAGAUCCUUGUCCCUUGCCGGGAACUGAAAAGAAGAGAACGCUCUUGGAGAAGGAACGUCUGCUGUAUGCCCCCAUGUCUGGUGUGGGUGGUAUAGUGUAUGACAAAGAUGCAGUGUACAUUGAGUUACAAGGAUCUCACAGCCACAAAGACAAGACGGCAGAGGCCACUGAACAGGAAGAGUUGGUGGGCAAGCUGAUUGGCAAAAAACAAACAGUGGAUGAACAAAUCGAUGAGCAGGAAUUCCGUUUGUUUUCUGAUGGUGCUGCCAUUAAAUCCAAAGAUUUUGUGCAAGAAGAUGAGAUGGCCAGUGGGAAUGAAGAUGACGAGGAUGAUAACUCUGGAGAAGAGGAUGAUUCUGGUGUUGAUGACGACGAUGAUGAUGCAGAAGAGGAGGGUGAGAGUGAUGAUGAAUUUGCUGGUGAUGACUGGCGUAAUGAAGAUUCUCAAAACGAAUCCAAAAAUAUGGACUCCGAAGAAGAGUCCUCAGAUGAUGAUGAUUAUCAGGAUUUGGAAAAGUUGAAGAAAUCCAAAAAUCGUUCAGCUUCAAGCGAUGAGGAUGGUGAAGGCGAUGAGGAAGGGGAGGAGGACGAAGAAGAGGCAAUUAUUGCCAAUAAUAUGAGUUGGAAAGAAAAUUUGGCGGAAAAGGCCAGAGAUGCCUUCCUCCAGCGUCAUUCCGAAUCUAAAAAUCUAAUGCGUUUAGUUUAUGGCUGUUAUACUCAGAGUGAACGAAAAAAGACUGCAGAAGAAAACAGUGAUAACUCGGCCGAAGAGUCGGAAGAUGAAGAUGCCAUUGGUGGCCUAUUCAAGGUAGCAGCCAAAAAGCAGACUGAACUGCAAAAAGAUAAGGACCUGCGCGACAAAUUUGAGUCAUGUUUCUUUGAUGACAAUUUUGAAAGCACACGUAAUUGGCUGGAGGAUUCGAAUAAGGACUUGAUACGCAAUUGUUUUGUUACGGGAAAAUGGAAGGCCUCGGAAGAUGCUGAAAAUCUGCUACGUCUGGAUGAUAUGAGUGAUGCCGAUAGUGAAGUAUAUGGCGACUUUGAAGAUCUUGAGACGGGGCAGAAACAAAGCGGCAAACCUAAAGAGGAAGAAGAGGACAAUCAAACAAAGGAACCAGAAGCAGGCAGUGAAGCCCUAAAACGUAAAAUGACCCGCGUUGAAGAGGAAAAUCUUACCAAGGCCGAAAUUAUGGCCAAGAAACUGAAACUUAAGGCCAAAUUUGAUGCUGAAUACGACAACAAGGGGGAAAAGGAAGAGGAUGAUGGUCGGAUUAAGGGUGACCAUGACUACUAUGAAAGCCUUAAGGCUGAGGCCCAAAAGCAGUCACAGCUAAACAAAAGUGAAUUUGAGAAUUUGGAUAAUGAUUUGCGUGUACAAAUCGAGGGUUACCGGGCUGGCAUGUAUGUCCGUUUGGGAUUUAAGAAUGUUGCGGCUGAAUUCAUAGAGAACUUUGAUCCCACCUAUCCGGUGCUUGUUGGUGGCCUAAAUAUGGCCGAGGAAAAUAUUGGCUAUGUCAAUUGCAAGGUUAAGAAACAUCGUUGGUAUAAGAAGAUUCUCAAAUCAGGAGAUCCUCUCAUCAUUUCCAUGGGUUGGAGACGUUUCCAAACAGUGGCCGUCUAUGCCAAAGUUGAAGAUAAUUUCCGCCAUCGAUAUCUCAAAUACACCCCUGAACAUGUUACCUGUAGCAUGACUUUCUGGGGUCCCAUAACUCCACAAAAUACCGGUUUCCUGGCCCUGCAAACUGUGCGUCACGACCAAGAGGAACUGAAACGCAUAGGUUUUCGCAUUGCUGCCACUGGUUGUGUUACCGAAUUGGAUAAAUCCUGCCAAAUUAUGAAGAAACUUAAACUUGUGGGUCAUCCAUUUAAGAUUUAUCAAAAAUCUGCCUUCAUCAAAGGCAUGUUUAAUACCAGCCUAGAGGUGGCCAAGUUUGAGGGUGCCAAAAUAAAAACAGUUUCCGGUAUCAGAGGUCAAAUUAAAAAGGCCCAUCACACACCGGAGGGUUCGUUUAGGGCCACCUUUGAAGAUAAGAUUCUGUUGAGUGACAUUGUCUUCUGUCGCACCUGGUUCCGGGUGGAUGUACAUCGUUUCUAUGCCCCCGUUACAACGCUGUUACUGCCACCCGAACAAAAACUCCAUUGGCAGGGUAUGAAGACGCUGGGUCAACUGAAGCGAGAAAAACAAAUUAAAAAUGAAGCCCAGCCGGAUAGUUUGUAUACCGAAAUCAAAAGACAACCCAAAGUAUUUCGUCCAUUGGUCAUACCCAAGAGUUUGCAAAAGGCAUUGCCUUAUAAGGAUAAACCUAAGAUGGGUCCUUUGACACCGGCCGAGAAGGCUGAACGUGUGGCUGUUAUACGUUCACCACACGAACAAAAGGUGGCCAAAUUGAUGAACAUGAUCGAAACCAAUUACCAAGAGAAACGUAACAAGGAUCGUCAUGAAACCAAAUUGCGUGUCAAGAAAUUCAAACUGCAAAAACGGGCUGAGGAGCUGUCCAAAUUGAAACGACAAAAGGAGUUGCGCAAGAAAGUCUCAAGGGCCCUCAGUAAAAUGAAGAGUAAACAGAAAACAUAAAUACCAUAAAAAAAGGUAAUUUUGUUGUUCCAUGUAAUGUUUCCUUUUUCCCUCUGCACCCAGAUCCAGUAUGGGCGCGGUUGUAGUUCAAUUAAUUUAAGUUUUUUAGUUGCUAGUUUUAUUUGUAUAAAGAAAUGUUUAUAAUUAAAAAAAUAAAGUACGAAACAAAGCCUUUUUGGUAAUUUAA